GUAAAAACUAUUCAAAUGGAUCGCCUUUCUUCAACUACUACUAUCCCAGAUGCAUUUCAAGGGGCAAAAGAUGACAUUACCAUGCAGCUUGCAUUCAUUUGGAGUCAAAUCAAAGCACCAUUGAUUGUCCCAUUGCUAAGAAUAGCUGUAGUUCUGUGCUUAAUCAUGUCGGUGAUGAUGCUCAUUGAGAGGGUUUACAUGGGCGUUGUCAUUACUCUUGUGAAGUUAUUUGGCAGAAAGCCAGAGAAACGUUACAAAUGGGAGCCAAUGAAGGAUGACAUAGAGUUGGGGAACUCUUCUUACCCAAUGGUUCUGGUUCAGGUCCCUAUGUACAACGAAAGAGAGGUUUAUCAGCUGUCAAUUGGAGCUGCAUGUGGGCUUUCUUGGCCUUCAGAUAGGAUCAUCAUACAAAUUCUUGAUGACUCCACUGACACAACAAUCAAGGAGUUGGUGCAGCUUGAAUGUCAAAGAUGGGCAAGCAAAGGUGUUAACAUAAAGUAUGAGGUCAGGGACAAUAGGAAUGGAUACAAAGCAGGGGCUCUCAAAGAAGGCAUGAAACAUAGCUACGUGAAGCUAUGCGAUUACGUUGCUAUCUUUGAUGCUGAUUUUCAGCCAGAGCCUGAUUUCUUAUGGCGCACUGUCCCAUUCCUUGUGCACAAUCCUGAACUCGCCCUUAUUCAAGCUCGGUGGAAAUUCGUGAAUGCCGAUGAAUGUUUGAUGACCAGAAUGCAAGAGAUGUCACUGGAUUACCAUUUUACUGUGGAACAAGAAGUGGGGUCUUCCAUGUACGCCUUCUUUGGUUUCAAUGGGACUGCGGGAGUAUGGAGAAUUGCGGCGCUGGAUGAGGCUGGUGGGUGGAAGGAUAGGACCACAGUUGAAGAUAUGGACCUAGCUGUCCGAGCCAGUCUCAAAGGAUGGAAAUUCUUAUAUUUAUCCAACUUGAAGGUUAAAAAUGAAUUGCCAAGUACUUUCAAGGCAUACCGCUAUCAACAGCACCGUUGGUCUUGUGGUCCAGCCAAUCUUUUCAGGAAAAUGGUCAUGGAGAUUAUGAGAAACAAGAAAGUUUCAUUGUGGAAGAAGAUCCAUGUGAUUUACAGCUUCUUCUUUGUUCGGAAGGUCGUAGCACACAUCAAUACGUUUGUGUUUUAUUGCAUUAUAUUACCUGCAACUGUUUUGGUGCCUGAGGUUGCGGUCCCAAAGUGGGGAGCUGUCUAUAUUCCUUCUGUCAUUACCAUUCUUAAUGCAGUUGGAACUCCAAGGUCACUCCAUUUAAUAGUAUUCUGGAUUCUCUUUGAGAAUGGCAUGUCUCUUCAUCGAACAAAGGCCGCGAUUAUUGGUCUUCUUGAGGCUAGGAGGGUUAAUGAAUGGAUUGUCACUGAAAAACUUGGAGAUGCUCUCAAGGCUAAAGCUGGAGGCAAAGCACCCAAGAAGCCUCGAUUCAGAAUUGGAGACAGGAUUCACUUGUUGGAACUUGGUGUCGGAUUCUACCUAUUCUUUUGUGGCUGCUACGAUGUUAUGUUCGGGAAAAACCAUUUCUUCAUCUACCUCUUUGUCCAAGCCUUAGCUUUCUUCAUCAUGGCAUUUGGAUACGUUGGCACCUUUGUUCCCAAUUCCUAGAAGGACUUGGCAAUUUCAGUUUCUGUGCCUUCAAUAUCAACGCGUUGUAGUAAUAUAUGGUGUUUUCAGCAUAGUUCUGGCAAAUUACAGCUUCUUAGUAUAAAACAAAACAAGUGGUGGUCAUUCUUUAAGGUUUUUGCAUAAUCAGAGUCAGUGACAGUGACUCUAAAGAGUUAGUUUUCUUGUGAAUAUUCAGCAGGCAAUUACGGAAGUUCUUCUUAUGGAAGAGAAGUAUACAGAAUCGA